CUGUAAACUGCGACAGUGACAGGUACCACAAGUCCACAACAUUCUCCAAGUCAACAACCCAUCAUCAUACAACCGCGCAUAGCCUCCAGACACACACCAUGGAGCCCGACAUUCGAGUUGAGGACUACCUCGACGACAAGCUCCAGUCGACGACCGACUUCGACCAUCUAGACACGUUGCUCAACAGCGUCGAACACCAGCGCAGCCAGCUCCAGUCGCAACUCGACCAUGCCACCAAAGAGCUCGAGGAGGCCCGCCGCUCCUCCGGGGAACGCCAGGCUGCCCUUGCCGCCCAAAUCGACGAGUUCCAAAAACUGCAGCAAAGCAUCGACGUCCGCCUCAAGAUCGUGGCCGCCUCCGACGCCCCUGAUGAGGCCAUUCGCCGUCUGGAGCAGCCUAUGAAGCAGCUUCACAAGGUCGACCUCGCCCAUCGAUACCUGCUCCUUCUCCAGCAUGUCCAGGAACUGCGCAACGCCGCCCGCGCCCAUCUACCGCAGAGCCCCAAGGCCGCGCUCGAGCCGUAUACCGAACUGAAGCAGCUGUCUUUGCGCCUGCGGGAACUCCAGGCCGCCGCCGAUGGCGCUGCCGUCCACCUUGUCGCUCAUGUCGAGUCCGUCACCGAAGCGCUGUGGGAUGAGAUGAAGACGACAAUGUGGGCUGAGUUGGAGGCUGUUUUGAAAAAGCGCGGGUGGCCCAAUGUCGACCCCGAGUCUGAAGUGGACGACGAAUGGAUUCAAUGCUUCGAGAAGCUGGUUGACCUCCAGGUCCCCGAGGUCCUAUACUCGCCCACGCUGGUGACGCUUCUUCCCAUGGACGUCAUGGCACAGAUUUUUGUAAAGGAGUUCCGGUUCCACUUCCUGAGCGACAAGCCGACUAGCAACCCGCAGGGCAUCAACGCACACUGCUUUCCCUGGUUCCUGUCCCUGCUCGAUAAGUGGGAGGUCUUCUUCAGAGAGAACUUUGCUCCCGUCCUGGCAGCCAAGUUCAGCCAGACAGAGGUUUCGAACAAAAUGGUCUACAUGGAUCCCGGGUGCGCAUUCAUCGCCUCGAUGCUACCAGUCAUGCGCGAGAAGGUCAGUGUGACCAUGGCGGAGGCCGUCAAGGAUCCUGCGUUCCUGAGCAGUCUUCUCGGUCAGCUGAUGACCUUUGACGAUAACAUCCGAUCUGGGUACAGCUACGACGGAGGUGAUUCCGAAAACGGGUGGGAGGGACUGACGGGUGAAGUUUUGAAUACGCACUUCAGGACAUGGCUCGAGGCAGAGAAGAAAUUCGCUCUGGAAAGGUUCAACGGGAUCAUGACGUCUAAUGACGCUCGGAAGAUUGACUACGACUUUGCAGUCGCCGGGAAAACAAAACCCACGUUUGCAGCUGUCCGUGUUGCUGAUUUGCUGCGGUCGGUAACAACGCAAUAUGAGAGGCUUAGACGCUUCUCUCAUAAGCUUCGCUUCCUGAUCGAUAUUCAACUGGCUAUUUUGGACGACUAUCAUGAUCAUCUCAAGGGCACACUUGAAGCUUACCAAACGAUGACUUCCACGGUUGGCAGAGCCUUUGUUGGCGUUACCAAAGAGCAGCUGGCAGCUCUGGAAGGUACAGGGGCGUUCGAGACCUUGUGUAAGGUGUAUGGAAGUGCUGACCACAUCAUUAACGCCCUACAUGACUGGAGCAACGAAGAGUUCUUUGUAACACUAUGGGAGCAGCUCCAGGCUCGAGCCAAGGCAAACGAGGACCAGAGCAAUCUUGCUGGUGGCAUGAGCUACGAUCAUGUCAAGGAUCGCAUUUCUUCGGUAGUCGGUACCGAGGAUGACAGCGGUGUUCUCUUCGAUGAGACCAUCUCAGCAUAUACCAUGAGGAGGAAACGUGCCCAGGAGUUUCUCACGCAGACCCUCAUUCAAAACCAGAAGAAGGCAUUCACCGCCUACCUUAAACGUCCUCAGUGGAGUACUAUUUCGGAUGAGCCUACCUCUGGCGAGGCAUACUACCAAUUGGCUCCCACUGCUGAGCUUGAUGAGCCUCUCGCAGUUCUCAAACGCGACCUCGACUUCCUCUCCCACGCUCUCGGCACCGCCGUCUUCAGGCGCAUCUGGCGUGAAGCCCUCGAGGAGCUCAACAACAUGCUGUGGUCCGACGUGCUCAUGGCCAACAAAUUUGCCACAUCCGGUGCCGCCCAGUUCAGGCGUGACGUUGAUGCCAUUUCCUCCGUCGUCGAGCGGUACAUCCCUGACGGGUCCAGUGCUCUCGGGAGCAUCAAGGAGGCGCUUCGCCUGCUGAACUUGCCUGUUGAAGCGCCAGAGGAGGACAGCAGCGGCAGCAGCAACACCAUGACCCUCAAGAAGGCUGUGGAUAGGGUCUUCACUGAUAAUACGGAGGCAAAGAAGGUGUUGGAGGAGUUGGAUGUUGAGAGUCUAAGCCCGCCGCAUGCUAGGCAGAUUUUGCAGAGGAGGGUUGAGAAUGCUGAGUGAGGGGGGAGUGUUGUGAUACCCAGACUGUGUAAGCAUUGUAAUGCUACUUUGGAAAUAAUUUAUAUCGUUAAUGUCUAUGGCCCCCAUCAUUGUCAA